AGGUGAAGCCGAAAGGCGGCGUUUACAUUGUUGUUUCCUCGCCUACCCCGAUCGCUAGUCUCGGACCUUUAUUUAUGCGGCCCUUCUUUUCAAGCUCUCGUCCAUUGAGUUUGCUGAAGGGUGCAUCGAGUCAUGUUGGAGCCGAAGGUGGCCAAACCGAGCGACAAAGCGCCGGUCUUCUUUUCUGGGCCGGACAGGGGAAGAGAGAUGUCGGCCAUGGUCCUGGCUUUGACUCGCGUGGUGGCCGGAGAAGUUCCUGGCGAUACCGAUACCGAUACCGAGGGAUGGUGUUCUUUUCCCUCCAGAGGAGUCCUGGGAUUGGAGAGAGGCCAUGGCGAUUCAUCGACUGAGCGGCCAUCGGUCGAGACGCUUUGGAGAGCCCCUGGAAGAGGACCGUGGGUCGAUGCUGCGAGAGGCAUCAUGGAAGGUCCUAGCGUGAGCACGACGAACCAUGCAACUCCAACGUACGAGUACAGCAACAGCACAGCUAUGAUGUCCAUGUCCAAGGACGAACCCCAACCGAGAAGAAAAUACAGAGGAGUCAGGCAGAGGCCAUGGGGGAAGUGGGCAGCCGAGAUCCGAGACCCGGUCAAGGCUGCGAGGGUUUGGCUAGGCACGUUUGAGACGGCCGAAGCAGCGGCCCGAGCGUACGACGCUGCGGCCUUGAAGUUCCGAGGCAACAAGGCCAAGCUCAACUUCCCGGAGAACGUCGUUGCCCGUCUGCCUCUGACUGAUCCUCCCGUGACCCACCUGGCGGUUUCGGGUUCCCCAAAGACCCCUUCGUCCGUUCCGGCGAACACAAAGCCUCAGUUUGUCUCGGGUCAGGAUCAAGGAUUCGACGAGUGGUGCUCUUGGUUGUCUCCCCAUCCUGAUCCUGCGUGUUCUAGUUUGUUGCGGUCGCCGCCGCCUUCUUAAUCUUCAGUUCGGAAAGCAGGAUCAUUUGCUUUCCCAAAUUGGUCUGAUUCCGGCCAUUUCAGCUCCACCUCUGGGCAGUUUUGAACAUACUCAAAUCUCCUGCUUAUUCGUCUUGUUCGCUCUUUUUUCAUUAGUUGUAUGUGCACCUGUUUGCGAUUUUAGAAUUUGGCCUUAUUUUUGUUGUAACAUGUCUUUUCUUUGAAGUGUAAAUCCACGGUGAAAUAUGAACGAAACU